AACACCCCGUGAGGAGCGGCUGGUGGAGCUGCAGGCGAUGAGCCCGGAGGAGGCUGGGGCAGGAGGGGUUGGUCUCUUCUGCGGGGCCUGCAGUGACAGAACAAGGGGAAACGGCCCAGCUGAGACAGGGGAGAUGCAGAUCAGAUGUUAAAAAAAGAAAAAAAAAAUCAGGGCGGUCAGGCAUUGGGACAGGUGUUGGAGACACCAUCCCCGGAGGUGUUUGGGAGGCGGCUGGAGCAGUGGCGCUGCUGGGCGCACGGCCGGCCUGGAUGAUCCUGGAGUUCGCUUCCAGCCCCGCCGAUUCCAGCAGCCCCUGACCCUGAGGGGGGCCGGGGGCCAAACCCGCCCUCACCCAAAAUGGCGGCGGGCGCUUCGCGGCUGAGGGCGCUGCGGCCGCCGGGCGACAGGGGGCGCGCGAGGCGAGCCGGGCGGGCGGAAGGACAGACGGACGGACGGACAGAUGGACGGACAGACAGACGGAGCGGCCGGCGGGGCCCAGCGGGGACAGAAAAUGCUCUGAACGUGAGCUGGACAGCACGUGCUGGAAUUAAAUCUCUCCAAAGAAAAUCCUCCUUCAGCCAGAGCCUGUUUGUGGUGAGAAGGGGACCUCUGCAAGGGAUGGGCUCGGAGAGCAGUGCUUUGAAGAGCUACACCCUGGAGGAGGCGCCCUUCACGCUGCCCACCGGCCACACCCUCUACCCGGCUGUGCUCCAGGAUGGCAAACUCGCCUCUGUGUUCGUGUACAAGCGGGAGAACGAGGAGAAGGUCAAUAAAGCUGCCAAGCACCUGAAAACCUUGCGCCACCCUUGCCUUCUGCGCUUCCUCUCCUGCACUGUGGAAGCAAACGGGAUCCACCUGGUUACAGAGAGGGUGAAGCCCUUGGAGAUCGUCCUGGAGACGCUCUCUGCUGCAGAAAUCUGUGCAGGGAUCUACGAUGUGUUGCUGGCACUCAUCUUCCUGCAUGACAGGGGAAACCUAACGCAUAACAAUGUCUGUUUGUCAUCCGUGUUUGUGAGUGAUGAUGGGCACUGGAAGCUGGGAGGAAUGGAAACAGUCUGUAAAUUCAGUGAAGCCACCCCAGAGUUCCUCUGGCACGUGAAGUCGGUGCGAGACCAGUCGUGCAUCCCCUGCGAGGAGAUGUCUGCAGACUUCAAAAUCCUGCCCAGCAGCUACGGGCAUGCGAGGGACGCCUACGCAUUUGGGACGACAGUUGAGAAUCUCCUGACAGUCCUCAAUGAUCAGGUUUCAGCAGAUAUUCUCUCCAGCUUUCAGCAAACCUUGCACUGUACACUGCUGAAUCCAGACCCAAAGUGUCGCCCACCACUGUCCAGCUUACUGUCUCACGAGUUCUUCAGGAAUGAUUUUCUGGAAGUUGUGAAUUUUCUGAAGACCUUAACACUAAAGUCUGAGGAGGAGAAAACUGAAUUUUUCAAAUUCCUGCUGGACAGGGUGGCUGGCUUGUCAGAGGAGCUGAUAGCAUCACGGCUGGUGCCUCUCCUACUCAAUCAGCUCGUGUUCGCAGAACCUGUAGCUGUCAAGAGUUUUCUUCCUCAUCUGCUGGGCCCAAAGAAAGAGCCAAGUGGGGAGAGCCAGACCAGCUGCCUGCUGUCGCCAGCCCUGUUCCAGGCCCACGUGAUCCCUGUGCUGCUGAAGCUGUUUGAGGUGCACGAGGAGCACGUGCGGAUGGUGCUGCUGUCUCACAUCCACGCCUACGCGGAGCUGUUCUCCCGGGAGGAGCUGAAGAACAUCAUCCUGCCACAGGUGUUGCUGGGCCUGCGGGAUACCAGUGACUCCAUCGUGGCAAUAACCCUGCACAGCCUGGCUGUCCUUGUCUCCCUGCUUGGGCCUGAGGUGGUUGUAGGUGGAGAAAGAACAAAGAUCUUCAAAAGCUCUGCACCAAGUUUCAUGAAAACUGCUGAUCUCUCCCCAGAAGGUUCCCCCAGUCACAGUGUGAGCAAUCAGAGAAACCAAACCUCUUGGCCCCCGAAGAGCAGUCCCAGCUCAUUCCCCAACUCUGCAAAUGCACCUGGCAAGAAGCUUCCUCUGCAACAGGACAAUCCCCUGCCUUCAAAGACAGGUGAACAUGGCACUCAACCCCCCCUGAACAGAAUUCCUGGAAGCAUUAAUACACUGGGGAACAGCAGGAGCUCUAAGACUACCUCGGAAAAGCCAGCAGAAGAGUGGCCAGACUGGAGUGAGCCAGAGGAGAUGGACACUGAGAAAACUGUGAACAUUCAAAUUCAGCCCCGGGAGCUGUGGAGCAGCGCGGGACCUUAUGUUGCAGAUCAUGGUGUAGAUGAGAAGCCUUGGGAUGACUUUGAACCCAGGAGCCCCAGUCCUAAACUGUCCUCAGGAAACUGCCCCACUGUGACACAGGCUGAUGCAGCUGAAAGGCCGAGGCCUGUGCCAGGUACCCAUCAACUGAGCAAAGAAUUCAAAAGCCUCAGACUUAGUCCCCCCACAAAGUCUUGCCGUGGGAACAGCUGGAGCAAAGACAAGUGGGACCAUGAGGAACAACUGGGAGAAACUGUGUUGCCAAAAUCCUUUCAGGAAAGGCUGAAGUCUUCAUCAGAGUCUGGCCUGGGAGAAGAAUUCACAAUCAAAGUGAAGAAGAAACCUGUGCAAGACCCUGAGCUGGACUGGUUUGCUGACAUGAUCCCAGACAUUAAACCUUCUUCUGCCCUCUUGAUUUUACCUGAGGCAAGGACAGAAGCAGUGGUUCCCACUCACUUGGGUGGGGUGUCCAGCAGAGAAGGUCCCUCCCAGACUGUGCUGUUUUCAUCCAAAUUUGCAGCUGCUGAUGUGAUUGAGGCUGAAGCUACAGGCUGGGGUGAAGAAGAGGAGUUGAACUGGGAAGAUGAUACAAACUGGUAACAGUUCUGAAUGAGACCAAGGCAAUUCACGGUGUGUUGGAUCCUGUAACAGGAGUUGCUGCUUCCCCAGUACAAUGGAUAAAGUACCUCAGCACUGCUUUUGCCACAAGGCAGGCACUUGCUGCACAGCCACGAGAUUCCCUGGGGCCUGAGCUCUUGCCAGGAAUGCUCCUUCCCAGUCUGUGCCAAAAGCUGCAGGGGUGAGCCUGCACUAGAGCAAUAGGCCCAGGUGUGGUGCUGCCACUGCUCCCAGAGACAGGACAGCAUGAUGGAGGUGAUGGUGCUCAUGUGCAACUGGAGGCCAAGAGUGGUGUAGGAGAUUGAUCCAGAACUCACCUCUGACCUAAAAAACUGCUGACAAUAAAUGAAAGUCACACUGAGUUUCUUGGUUAAUGUGCCUUUUUCUUUUAUGUUUUUGUUUUGUUUUUUUUUCUUUCACAGUAAAAUAAAGCCCUUAGAAAUGUCUCUUUUUAACUUUCCAGCUAAGAGAUUAUUUUAAGAUGAAUGUACAGUUUAUUCAACUUAGUUAUUUCUGUUUGUAUAGCUCUGUCAAUGGAUGGCACAAGAGGUGGUAGGAACCAUAAAGUGAAUGACCACAAACUGCUUAAGCACCUUGUUCUUUCUGCUCUUAAAUGUGACCAAUAAAGAUUAUUUUUAGAGGAUCACCCUAGUGUGUAGUGGAACCAGCAGCAGAGGUAUGUUCAGAGAAGAGUAAAGAGCCAUUAAUUGUUAUUCCUGAGUAUAUUUUAAAAUAAAAACGCCUACUGCCUGGGCACCUGCAUGUGACAGGAACAAGAUCAGUGCUACUUUUACAGCAGACUCAAACCUCUCAGUAGUCAGAAUAAACAUUUCAUGAUGUUGUAUCUCCACACAGUAGAAGAACAAGCACUAUACAAACUCACAGCUCUGAUGUCCAAUAGUGUCCACUCCAGUCCAUCAGGCUAUGCAGGAGAGGCUGGCACUGCACCCCUCAGUCCAUUCUGGCACACAAACCGUGACCCAGCAGCGCUGCAGAGCAUUGCCCCACGUCACAGCUUUUUCAUCUGCAGCACUCCUGGCACAAAGGCACCUCUUCCUCCCAGCAGGGAGCUGAGCUGGGUCAUUGUCCCCAA